AUGCUGUGGAUCAUGUCCAUAUUCAGCGUCGUUGCCGCUAGCUCCAACGUGGCUGCGGCAACGAUGCAAGAUGCAGACCACUGCACGACCAUACUGGUUGGCGCCAAGUUUCGAUCACUAGUGGAGGGCGAUGUGGCCCUGGUGGCCCACUUGACUGCGGCCAGCGACAAGUUUGCCACGUCCGCCCACGAGGCGUUCUACGCGCUGUUCGUGGACGUCGUCACUCGGUUCCACGACGGGUCCAUCUUCUCGGACUUUGCCAGUGAGUCCAUGACUGUAUCUGCGAUGGGGUACCCCAGUUGGUGGCUCGAGGAAGUGGGGUACUUUGGGCCCAAGGCAGCGGACGGGGUGGCGGUCACGGGUGCGCUCGUGCUGGGGGUGGUCACGGUGGCGGCGCUGGCCGUGGGGCUGGGGUCCUGGCUGGGCCGUCGCACGUCCACCGUCAAGUCCAAGGGCUACGUCCUUGUCAAGUAG